UCUGUGAGCCCUGAGAGUGGCCAGCAUUGUCAUGGAAUAACAAUAAAGGUCUAUGAAACUAAGAAAGAUAAGAUAUUCAGAGACAUUCCAGUAGAUAAGGAGUCGCUAAACACGGUCUCAACUGUAGGCCCUGAGAACAAGAAGAACUUUACACAAACUUUAAACCUUGAAAAUAAAAUAAACAUCAAAGGAAGCAAUAUCCUGGGAGCUACUUACACUAAUGCUUCAACCUCAAAAUUUAGGAAGAACCCAAACAAAGUUUAUGUAUCUAACUUUCAUUGGCAGAGCAAUCAGAAGAGAGGAAAGAGUUAUGGGCCUACCCCUUUGAGAGGUUUUAACGACUCGAAUAUGGAGACUACACUUCAAAAUAAGAGCUCUAUCCGGAGAUUAGAGAAUCUUUCACAUCAGAUAAACAUGCUUGACCACGAUGAAUGAGGUAAAAUAGACUCUGGCUCCACAAAUCUUCCAGGUCUCAACAAGAACCUCUUCAUUAGCGACAACAAUGGGGUGUCUUAAAGCUUAAAAACAGCAUUACAAGGGAAGAUCGAAAUAUUUUCUCCGAAUUUUCAAUUAAAAAUGUGAGUAAUUCUAAAAACUUCGGAGACUCUUUACCGAGAACGGGCAGUAACUACUUCCCUGAAGGAAGUCCUAAGGCUGAAGAGAGUAGCAAUCAAAUCAUGAGUAUUAAUGGCAUCAUGAUAAAUACAGAAGAGUCUAUAGAUGAAGCUCAAACUAAUUUAAAUAACAAGAAUAUUUUCGAGAACUUUCCUCCAGAUUUUCCCAUGGGCUAUGUCUUUGGGGAAACUGAAGAGCAAGAGGAGCUUAUUUUAAGCAGAAUAGAGUACGCCAAUAACAAAUAUUUGAAGUUCAAGCAGAAAAUGAGCUAUUUUAAAGACAGGCAGAGUAAGCUCAAACUCAAGAAUUAUGGAGAUAACAGAUACAAUAAAAUGCCUUCCGAGUUAAACAGAAAGAGCUCUACCAAGUUUUCUAUAGGAGAGCAAAAUCAUCAGACAGGUUUUCCUCUGAUAUCUAUCGAGGACUCAUCUCCUUAUAAGAAAGCUAUGUUGAAGGAAGAAGAGCGUAGGAGAGCUUUCCAGUUAAAGAAGAAAGAAUGCAUGACUCAAAGAGACUUAGCUGAAAUCAAGAACAAUCAUAUUUACAAAAUGGGGAAGAUUACUCGCCCUUUUAACAAAAUUAAUUUCAGAUGGAGGCGCGACUCUCGGGAGAAUAGCAUGGUCAAGACUCAGAAGAACUUCCUGGCUGUACAAGGAAGGAAGAAGAACAUUCAAAUUGAUACACCUUUUAUAGGAAAUAAAUAAAAUUUAUGAAAGACAAGAUCACUCACUUGAAACCUACAAAGGGGAAAGAGAAGCCCCGAUGAAGACUCUUCAUAUUGGAAAAGAGCUGAGGACUAGAGAUAUUUUGAAUCAUAAAGGAAAGAAGUUGGCUAAAAGUAAGCCAAAGCCAAGAAAUCAUCAAUGAAACACAUUCGAGAAUUACUCAAACAAGAACCAGAAUAAUGCAGAAAGAUUAAAACUUCAAGGAAAAUUUCAGAGACAAAACACUGAGAAUCCUCAUUCAAGGAAAGGGUCUGGGAUUGACAAGAAUACUCCUGCUGAUAAAGAUGCGACAACUCGGAAUCAGGAGAAGAGUAAUCUUCAGAUGGAGGCAUCAAAAAUCAUCAGAAAGUCGCAAGGAAUCAGAAUCAGUGGUGUCCUGGUCAAUCAUCAUGAUGAGCUAGCGAAGGAACAAGAGAAGAAGCUUGCUCUUAGAAGAAAAGCUACUGAGAUUUACAACAAUUUGUCUUCUAAUUAUAAGAUUAACGCACAGAAACAAAGCCUUAAAUUUAUCAUUAUGAAAGGAAAUAAUAGUAACGUAAUCGAGAGAUGAAUGAAACUGAGACCUGGGUGGGAACAAACCGUCCAGUUUGAUACAAUGUUCAACUUCAAAUGGCAGCAGACAAGUCAUGGUAUCAGAUUUGAUCAGCUUUCAAUCAAUGGUAAAUAAGCAAUUGGUCAAUCAUUUGGAAAACCAUGCCCAGAUAACUACCAAAGAUUGCUUGUUUUAAAAACCUCUGUGAACAUUUGGACAAGACAGUCUUUGAAUAUGUGCCGAUGACGUUUUGAAUAGAAUCGCAGUUGGAUAGUUAUGAUAGCGACUUGCAACGGUUCAAAUCCUUGCAGCAGCUAGUUUACCGAUACUCAAAACAAGAAAUAGAGAAAGAGGAGUUUGUAGACCAGUUCAGUCACAAGUAUUACCCAAUAAUUGCUUCUAAGAAGAAUCGAAGGACGAAAACUAUUGAGAAGCUAAAUCUGCCAGAUACUCACUUUUCAGGGCAUAAUAUGUGGAUUUUGAAGGUCACAAAGCUCAAUCGAGGAAGAGGUAUUUAUGUAAUCCAAGCUACUGAAUCAUGAGAUGAAAUUGUAGACUUGAUUGAAGAAAUAAAGAAAGGAAUUAUCAUUCAUCAAAAUGACUAUCAAGGUGCUAAUGAUCUGUCGAAGGAGAACACUAAGGAUACUACAUUUAGUAACCUGAGCAGUGUGCCUAACAAGAUUCAGAGUUCAACUUUCGUAAUUCAAAAAUAUAUCGAAAGACCUCUACUGAUUAAUAAGAGAAAGUUUGACAUUAGAGUUUGGGUGUUGCUUACUGCUGACCUAAAGCUUCAUUUCUUUAAAGAAGGAUAUCUGAGAACAUCUUGUGAGGAUUUCUCACUUGAAAGUAACGACAUCAGCAAGACAUAUGUGCAUCUCACCAAUAAUGCUGUUCAGAAGUUCUCAGAGAAUUAUGGGCAAUUUGAAGAUGGCAAUCAACUGUCAUUUCAAGAUUUUCAAGAGUAUAUUGAUGAGCACUUUCCAGAUUCGGAAAUAAAUGUGCAAGAUAAUCUUGUAUCACGGAUGAAACGCUGUAUUAUAACUUCUUUUAAGGCAGCUGAAGAUCAUUUAUUUCAAGAGAACAAGCGAUCCCAAUUCGAGCUUUUUGGAUAUGAUUUCAUUAUUGAUGAGAAUUUUGAAUGAUGGUUAAUAGAAAUAAACACAAACCCAUGCCUUGAGGAAUCUAGCAAACUUUUAGAAUAUCUCAUUCCUCGAAUGAUCGAUGAUGCUCUAAAGUUAACACUUGAUCCUCUAUUUAAGAAGAAGCUUAAAGCUAGGAUGAACGAGUUAGACAAAUCCGAAGGUGAGAAUGGCCUUUCAGAGAGUGUUUUCCCAGUCAAGGGAUACUCAAAUAUCGAAAAUCUAUGGGAAGAGAUUCUCUAAGGUCUUAUUAUCAAUAUUUUAAAUACCCUAU